UACAGUGCUUCACUGUGAGAUGUUUUUGAUUCGAGCUUCGAAGCCUCUGUGCCGGUGGCGAACGUUACAUCACUAGUGAUUACUUCAGAGACACUAAUGAGUUCUCUUUUUACGAUUACUGUUCAUUUUAUUUAUUUAUGUCUUUAUAUAAGUUAUUAGUUGCUUCCUUGUUAUGUGUCGGCCACCACAUCAUCAGAAUAUAUCACUUUACACGUAAGCGGUGCGCGAUUCAUGUUCUCUUUUAGUCCUUUGUUUUGUUUGUUUCGUUUUUCGUUUGUCUGGAUCUCACAUUAGAAAUGAAUCAAAUGGAAGGUGAAACACAUCACGAAAGCUGUUACAACGAAGAUGAGCGGAUGAAAGCAAACGACGCGACGAUCACGGAUUUAUUGGACUUUCUGCACAUCGAUGUGGAGCUCGAAUCCGUGUGUGCUGACAGACAGGAAACCACGUGUUCUAAAAAUGUCAUGCGGAAGCAACGCAAAUGGGAAAGAAGGCUGGAAGCGAAGAAAAGCAAACGAAAAGAGGAGAAACAGAGAAAGAAGCUCAACGGCCAAAAUAAAGAUACUUCUGGGCCCCAGCUCAGUAAACGCGUCAUUAAAGCGAUUACUAAAGAGAGACUAGAAGAGGCCAGAUGUGCAGGACCACGCCUGUGUGUGGAUCUGAGCAUGACUGACUGCAUGUCACACAAAGAAAUCAGCCGUCUCGCGGGUCAGAUCAGGCGCCUCUAUGGAUCCAAUAAGAAAGCCAUACGGCCAUUCCACCUUUUCCUGACGGAGUUAAAGGAGGACAGUCUGCUGUAUAAAGAAUGCAUUAGGAUGAAUGACGGCUUCCUGAAUUAUUCGAUUGAUGUGACUGAGGAGAGCUGGUUCAAUCUGUUUCCCUCUGAAGAUUUGAUCUAUUUAACCCCAGAUGCAAGUGAAGUUUUAGAACGUGUGGAGGAAGAUAAAAUUUAUAUCCUUGGAGGUUUAGUGGAUGAAAGCAUACAAAAGAAAAUAAGCUACACAAGGGCGAAAGAGCUUGGUGUUCACAUGGUGAGACUACCUAUCGACGAAUACAUGGUGAAGAGAUCCAACCCCAAAAACUUCCACUCCAAAAUCUUAGCCAUCAACCAAGUGCUUGAAAUCCUGCUGAUUUUUUGUGACACCAAAGAUUGGACUAAAGCACUUGCCACUGGUAUCCCGCCUGGAAAGGGUUACAUGGUUACGUCAGAAGCAUCUCCAGACAGGAUCAACCCUCCGGAGGAGCUGUAAGCCAGAGCAAACUGGCUUUGGGUUCACUGAAUUUAUGGGGCCUUGACCAAUAUUCAGUGACACUGUAAUCUAUAUUAGACAAGUUUAUGCUUCAUCAAGUUGCUUUUUGUGUAUCACACCUGAUGCAACAGGUAAAUCUAAGUGUUGUCUGUAGAUAGGCCUCAAUUAUUUGAAUGAACAUUACUACAUACAUUAUUAUUAUAUAAUGUUAUUAUUCACAUGUUUUUCGUUGAAGUUAUUGAAAGCUGUUAAAAAAAAUCUAGCUUUUUUUUUGUUUUGGUUUGUGAAUGUUAAAUACAGUUGUUCUAUUGUAUGGCAAAGCAAUUACCAUCCAGUGCCAUAGGUUCAUCUUGGGCAUAAGAUGUGAUUAAAAGUGCAAAAGCCCCAGAAAUGCUGUUGUUGGUAUUUUCAUUGAGAAACUUGGU